AUGAACGACGCCGACGUCUCGAAGCAGAUCCAGCAGAUGGUCCGCUUCAUCCGCCAGGAAGCGGAGGAGAAGGCCAACGAGAUCUCCGUCUCCGCCGAGGAGGAAUUCAACAUCGAGAAGUUGCAGCUGGUCGAAGCGGAGAAGAAGAAGAUCAGGCAGGAAUAUGAGCGCAAGGAGAAGCAAGUCCAAAUCCGCAAGAAAAUCGAAUACUCGAUGCAACUGAAUGCUUCUAGAAUCAAGGUUCUUCAAGCACAGGAUGAUUUGGUGAAUUCCAUGAAGGAGGCAGCGUCGAAGGAACUUUUGAAUGUCAGCCGUGACAAUGAAAACUACAGGAUCCUAUUGAAGGAUCUCAUCAUUCAGAGUUUGUUGAGGCUGAAGGAACCAUCUGUGUUAUUACGGUGCCGUAAAGAGGAUGCGCAGCUGGUGAAUUCUGUCUUGGACUCGGCAAAAGAUGAGUAUGCACAGAAGGCAAACGUUCAUCCACCUGAGAUCAUAGUUGAUAACAUUAACCUUCCUCCUGCACCAUCACACAAAAAUGCGCACGGUUCUUUCUGCUCUGGUGGCGUGGUAUUGGCUUCUAGGGAUGGGAAGAUUGUGUUUGAAAACACCCUUGAUGCUAGACUGGAUGUUGCAUUCCGUAAAAAGUUGCCCGAGAUACGCAAGAGUCUUUUCGGUCAAGUUGCUUUCUGA